AUGGAUGACGUCUUUACGUUAAUAUUACUGUCGGUAGCAAUGCUUAUAGGAUGCUAUCUUGCUGGAGCUAUUCCACUUACAGUGACACUUUCAGAGGAAAAACUGAAACUUGUGACCGUCCUUGGAGCAGGGCUGUUGGUUGGUACUGCUUUAGCUGUCAUCAUUCCAGAAGGAAUUCAUGCAAUGUAUAGCAGUGGUAUGGAGAAUCACCAUCAUCAUGAAGAUGGUGCUGUACAUGUUGUAGAGAAAGCAGCUCUGGCUGCUCCUGGAGCUGGAGGAACUGGCGCUGAAGCUGCAGCAGCUGCUGAUGCUGAGGUCAAGCUCCAUGACCAUGCAGACCAAGAGGUGGGCCACCAGGAUUCUCAUGAUAUGGAAGGAAACCACUCCAUCAUUGGCAUCACUCUUGUGACAGGCUUUAUCUUUAUGCUCCUUGUUGAUCAGAUGGGCGGCAGUCUACAUGCUCACUCCGUGCCUGGUGACCCGGAAUCUCCUCAGGGUUCUCAGAAUAGGCACAAGAUCACAGCCACACUGGGUCUGGUUGUCCAUGCAGCAGCGGAUGGUGUUGCCAUGGGAGCUGCUAUCACCAUGUCAGAAACACAUAUUACCAUGAUAGUGUUUUUGGCCAUCAUGCUACACAAGGCACCUGCUGCUUUUGGCUUAGUGUCAUUCCUGCUUCAUGAAAACUUUGACCGACCCAGAAUUAGGAGGCACCUUUUAGUCUUUUCGGCUGCAGCACCUUUGCUUACGAUCAUUACAUAUUUUGGUCUCAGUCAGAAAAGUACAGCAUCAUUAUCAGACAUGCACACAACUGGCAUUGCUAUGCUGUUUAGUGCUGGGACCUUCCUGUAUGUAGCAACUGUUCACGUUUUACCUGAGGUGUCUACCGUGCAGCAUCGCCAUACCAUGCCAGAUGGAACUAUUAUUGUACGAGAAAGCAAAGGAUUUAGAAAAGCGGAGCUGUGUGCCCUUGUGUUUGGAUCUGCUGUCCCUGUGUUGCUUGCUGUGGGGCAUAGGCACUAAGAAAAGGCUAGAAGGGAAAGGUUGUGCUUGCAUAAUGCAAGACCUAGAAACUGAAUUGUACAGAUUGCACAAAUAAUAUGGGAGAGGAUUUUUAGGGACACUAGAAUUUUAUUGGGCUAGAAAAGUGAUAAUGACAUGAGUGUGUGCAACAGUGGGUAAAGUAUGCAUGUGAAAAAGAUGAUUGAGAAUAAAAAUUUUUCUCAGGCUGAUCAUGUCCAUACAAAGGUAGUAUUAAAAAAUUUUUUAAUCAUUGAUUUUUUUUUUAAAUUUCAGUUUUAUGUAACAUUUACAUAUGAAAAGUGUACAGUAAGCUGUUUGCCUUUUUUUGAGAAAAAUCUUAGAUUUUUCAUUUUAAUAUGUUUUCACAAGGAGGCAGAAGUAUAAACUGAAAAAAAUCUGUUAAUUGGAAAUAGGUCCUAAGUUCUAAUAUUUUGACAGUAUCAGACUAUAGAUUGCACUCUAUAUGAUUGUUAUUAGUAAAGUGACCAUAUCACUCUUUUUUUAAAGCAUUGAAAGUUUUAAAUAUAAAUGUAUGUUAAAUGCAGGUUGACAAUAGUUAAAAACCAAAUAUAAAGAUACAAGUACUUUUUAGUUGAUAUGUUAAUAUUGUUCAAUUAAAUUACAAGAUUCCUGACUGCUUAGUAGGAUACACUUUCUUUAGCUGCAAUAUUAAAAGAUCUGCUUUUUCCCGAAAAUUAUAGCCCUAAAUUCAUAUAUUUCCUUUCUUGAAAUUGAAGCUAUAGUCCAUCAUAAAUUGCACAUCAACAUAAAAAGCAAAACGCUUGAUUUUGUUGUCCUUUUAAUUCAAGUGUUUGCAAUUGUACCUUUAGUCUGCAGUGCUGCUUCCUGUUGUUUGCACCUUCUAGGAGGAAAAAUAAAUCUCUCUUUAAAAUGUGUUGUACUGCCUACUGAAAAAAAAUGAAGAUCCAGAACAAAAAUUCAACUUUGCUGUUGUUCCAAUUCUCUGACAAUUUCUGACAAUUUCAGUUUAGAUGAUGUUCCAGAAAACAAAGGUUUACUGCUCUUCAAAACACUUUGCUUGGCAGGUGACCUAAAAUAACAAGAGACGACUACAUUAUUAUUCAUUAAGACACUAGUCAUCUUUCUAUUGCCUGAUUUUAUAAUAGUUUAUAUUUAUUUUAUAAUUUUUAUAAAUCAGAUAAAAUUUGCAUGUGGCAUCUGUUUACAGGGCUGGCUUCCUUGCCAUGAUAAAGCGUUAGCUGCUGGCUCAGUGUAAAACACCAAUCCCCCACAAAUAAAUUGAAAUAAAAAUCCAGUGUCUAGAACAUUUAUGAUGAUUAAAUUCCUUAGCAGGAAAAUAACAAUUUGAGGUGUGAAUGUAAGAAUAAAGUUGUUAGCUUUCUGAUGAGCCAGUCUGAGUGUGUAUGAUGUUGAUUCCCAUGCUAUGGAGUGCACAUGUGGCAGCACAAUGUAUAAAGAUGGUUUGUUAAUGCAUCAAUAUUCAAGAUUUCUUCCACACCUGCAUGACUUGAAAUGUUUCAGGGAUAAGAUGGCACCAUUUAUCUGCUGAAAAAAAUUAUGAUUAAAAACGUACACUUCACUUUUGUUUUCUGUUCUACCAGGGGGCUUUUCCUUUUUUUAAUCCCAUUUAUAGAGUGUAAGAUGAUGUGUAUUAACAGUUUUAUGUGGAAUGGAGAUAAAAUUGUACAUAUUUUUGUAGGUUUAUCUUUUACCUUUGGUGCUUGGUUUAGUCUUCUUACUUUCAACCUGCAUUGCCUGGUGUGUCAUUUAUGUAGAGUUGUUUGACUGUGGAAGAGGGGCAUCUCAGUGUUUCAUGGCAUGAAUGGUGUAUGGAUAUAGAAAAAUAAACGAUCUGAAAGCUUACAGAAUUGUCAAACAGAUAUUGAAUGGGCCUGAUGACUCUUCAGUCAUAGUUAAUACUUUAAAUUAAAAUUUUAGAACAAACAAAGCCAAAAUAUUCCAAGUAUUUGACAAAUUGUGACUGUCACCUAUUUUGGGUUAGGGUUGCUAGUGGAAUUUCUACACUAGCUUUCUGAAAUAACUGGAAUUGAGACAAGAUUAAAGCAUACCAAAUGUACCUAGGAAA